AUGGCUACUCUCAAUGAGAAACUCGUGACUCUGACUGAGAAUUACACAGCAUGCGAUAUAUCAGAUGCCCUCCUCAAAUUACAGAAAGUCCCGGAAGGCGGCAGAGCCCGCGCAGGCUUUCUGGCUGAUCUGAUGCUAGACUAUACUACCAAGAAACACAAUACUCACGCUUCCCUCACAGCCCCCUUCUCCCCGAUAAUCGGCAGAAACGACACAACAAAGAUCGCCGCACCAGCAACAACCUUCAAAUUCCUCUCCAAGACCGACACCCCACCGGCAAUCGCAACGGAGGACCCCGAAAAACACGGCUUCCCACCGGGCAAGCACUGGGUCGACUAUGCGGGCGAUUUUGCCGCGGCAGACCCGGAAAAAGCGGGCUCGAUUAUCGUUAUUGAGCAGCCGGUUGAUCAAUACUGCGCGGUGACUGGGGGUAUCAUGGCGACGCGGAUGAAGGUUCUGGGUAUUAAGGCUGCUGUUGUUGGGGGGAGGAUACGGGAUUUGAGGGAGUUGCAGGCGACAGAGUUGCCGAUUUGGGCUCGGUCUACGUCGACCGUCGGGACCGGAGCGGAGGCUAAGGCUGCUGCGCGUGAUGUGCGUAUCUCUAUUGGAGGCGUGGCUGUAUCUCCAGGUGACAUCAUCUUUUGCGAUCCACUUGAAGGAGUAGUUGUCAUUCCUCGCGACUUGCUGGAACCGGUCCUCGAAGUGAUGCCCAAGUUGAUCUCGAUGGAUGAAAAGGCCAUUGAAGCCGUGGCAAAAGGAAUGACCGUCGCAGAGGCAUUCGAGACCUUCCGGGCAUAA